AUGAAAAAAGACGAUUCUAUUCAAGAUGCGGAGGCUCGUGAGUUCUUUUUCUUUUUUAUUCUCGAUUUUUAAAAGUUUUUGUUGUAUUUUUGAGGUUCUUUGUUUCAAUUUUUCAUUUUUCACAUGUUUCAGGAUAUUUUUAUAGUUUUUCAGUAGUUUAUUUAUUCACAAUAAGUAACAAAUUUUUGAAUUAUAAGGUCUUCGAACAUGAAUUUUGUGUAAGGAAAUAGUUAAUAUCUCUGAAAAAAAUAAAUAAACAUGAGAAGAUUUCAGAUUUUUGAACCAUAGUGAAAAUGAAAAAAAUUGGAUUUCUGAAAAUUUUUCAAAAUUUUAUUCAAAACUGUUCGUUUCAAAAUAAAUGAAAUUGACAAUUUAUAGCCUCUGGAUCAUUUUUGUGACGUCUGAGUGAAUAAAACCAAAAUCAAGAAAUCUUGUAUUUAAGAAUUUUUUUCAUUUAAAAAUUUUUUUCAUUGAAGAAAAAAACGGCUUUUUGAGAGAAAAAAAGACUAGAAACCUGGAACAGCUGACCUCUAUCCAAAGUUGAAAAUCCACCCCGCACAAAACAGCUGUUCAAGAUUUCCCGAACACAAAAAAAGCGAAAAAAUCUGUCCAUUCCGAUUCGGCUGUCAAAUUCUUGACACCUUUUAAAAUCCGCCGAAAAAUGAGAUUUUUCUCAGCGAUGGUGCCGCCGGCGACGGUUUUGACCUCAACAGGGGGAAAUUUGGUCCCAUUUUUCUACUAUUUCGCCUAUGGGAGCAAUUUGUUGACUGAUCGGAUGCGGUAUCGGGUUGGUUUUGCUAUGAAUUUGAUUUUAAUUGAGGAAUUUAUUAUAAAAAGACAAAAAUGAGCCUGUUUUGCUUGAAAUCGUGUAUAUUUCAAUUACGGUUUGAAAAAUUCUCAACUUUUACUUGAUCGUUAUAGAACUUAUUAAUCAACUACCUCAAAAAUCGAUCAAUUAGAACUUCUUAGAAAAUUCAAAAAAUGAAACACGAGGAAGAAACCACAACAUUUUUUCCAACUUGAAAAAAAAAAUUCAUCAAAUUACCUUUUUUCCAGCAAAAAGGUGCCGAAUAUGAUAGAAACGGCCUUUUGAACGGGUAUGAACUGGCCUUUAUUGACUUCUCAACACGUUGGCAAGGAGCUCUAGCGACGAUUAUUGAUAAAAACGACGGCGAGGUGAUUUUUUAAAAAAUUGCGCGUGAGAUAUGCGUUUUCUACGUCACCGUGCGGUGUUCACACAAUUCAAAAAUACAGUAAUUUUUUAACUUUUUUUUCAGGUCUGGGGCUGUAUCUGGCGAAUUCCUUUAGAGUACGCCGAAUCGUUGGACAAGCAGGAGACCGGGUAUAAUCGAUUGAAUGGUGGGUUUUUUAAAUUUCUAUUCAAAUAAAGCUGGAAAAUUUCUACUAAAUGUUUUUUUCAGUUGGUAGUUACUCAUUUUUUGGAGUUAUAACUGUUAACAAAGACUGAAAGGGGAAAAUAAGUUGAAAAUCAAUAAGAAUUGUGUAUUUUUUCAAGUUUAAAGGAUUUUGGACAUGCAUUCUCAGCCGUUCCAUGACCAGUUUCACUCAAAAGGCUUUUGCCCAAAUUUGGCACCGCCUAAAAUUUAAACUUUUUCCAUAUUUGGCAGCGCCAAAAAUUGCAGCUUUUUCCAUAUUUGGCAGCGCCUGAGCUUCUUCAAAAAUUGAAAAACCAAUAUCUGUAUAUUUUCAGUGACCAUCAAAACGUCGGAUGGCGAUGUCGAAUGCCGAACCUACCAAUAUUCCGACCCGAUGCCCGUCUUCAACCCUCCCUCGCCUCACUACAAACUGGUGAUAGUGGAAGGAGCCAAGGAGCACGAGCUUCCCGAAGAAUACAUCAAGAGGCUUGAAAAAGUUCCCGUCAACGACUACCAAGGCCCUGUCGACGUCGACAUCCCACUUCUGGAGACGCUCAACAAAGUUGAAAAAGCUUAG